CCUCUAUCUGCUACGCCAGACCCUGCUUCGAAGUCAACCUCUGGAACACGACUCGGUUCUCGGAAAGCUCGCACCACGCUCCCAGCCCUCCCCUCGCCAGGCUCUUCCAAAACCAAGAAGAUUACUACACCCGACAGGCCGGCAAUGGACUGGAGGGCUCACCUCGCUUCGCAAUCGAGCGAUUGCGGCGAGAUGUACUGGAAGGCUCUAAUUCAAACAAACGAAGGAGGAUAUAGUUUAUGGAUAUUUGGCUGCACGAGAUGCGACAAAUGCUGUGUAUGCUAUGACCCGUUGGUAUUCGCGGUUUGA